AUUGCCGUUUCUUGAAAAUCAUUUAUGGAAACGACCCAGUCGAUUGCCUUCUCUCUGCAAAUCAUCACAAUCUCAAAUGGCCAUAACAUCAAAACCCAGAAUCUCUCUCAACCAUCUCACAAAACUUUCCCCGAUUUUCCCAAACCUAAAUCCCCAAUUUCUCUCGAAGAUUUCAAUCCCAAUCCAAACCAGGUUGUUUUCCCAAAAAUCCCAAUACAGGAAACAAAUCUCCAUAGCCAAUCUCCUCCAAAGGUACGGUUUUCCGUCUUCUGUUCUCCACAAUUUCCUCUCCAAGAAUCGCUUUUUACUCCAAUCCGAUUUGAAAGACAUGGAAAAUUCUCUCAGUGUUCUCCUUCUCGCAUUCAAAAUCACCCAGAAAGAUCUUGUCGCGUUGGUCUGCGACUGUCCUAGGGUUUUGGAUUGCGAAUUUCUGAGGAAUUGGGAAUUGGGGUUCUCGAAAUUGGGGCUUUCGAGAGUUUCCCCUUUGUUGAUCAGGAGCGUUCUGGAACACUCGAGAAGGUUCCAGCUAGACGCGGGUGGGUUUUCUAGAAGCGUGGAGGUUUUGAGGGGUUUAGGGUUUAGCGACAGCACUUUGAUUAGGGUUUUAGAGGGCUUUCCUGGAGUGACAAUGAUGAGCGCAAGGGAAAUUCAGAGGAGAAUCGAAUUCUUGAUGGGAAUUCCGAUUCCCGGAGAUGGAAUUGAGUGGGUAAUUCGUUCUUUUCCAGAGGUUUUGAGAUUUGAGGUUGAGGAGAGGUUGAAGCCAUUGCUGUCUGAGUUCAAAGGUCUGGGCUUUAGUGAGGAUUUGAUCAGGAGAGAGAUUGUUAGAGAGCCGAGAAUUCUCGGAAUGGAGAUCGGAGAGCUUUCGCGGUGUUUGGAAUUGCUGAGGAGUUUGAAAUGUAGGGAAGCGAUCAAGGAGGAGAUAUUUAGUGAGGGAGAGUUAAGAGCUGGAUUUGAAGUGAAGUUGAGAGUGGACUACUUGUGCAGACAAGGGCUUAUUCGAAGAGAGGCGCUAGAGGUGUUAUGGAAAGAGCCGAGAUCGAUUGUGUACAAGAUGGAGGAUAUUGGGAGAAAGAUUGAUUUUUUGGUGAACAAUAUGAGAUUCAAUAUCCGUUGCUUGCUUGACGCUCCGGAGUAUAUAGGGGUGAAUUUUGAUAAGCAGAUUUUUCCUCGGUUCAAUGUGAUAGAGUACUUGAGAUCGAAAGAUAGGCUUGGUUCUGAAGUGGGAUUAAGGGCUCUGAUCAAGCCUAGCAGACUUACGUUCUAUAACCUUUAUGUCAAGCAGUAUCCAGAGUGUGAGAAGAUGUUUGGGAGAUAUUCGGGAAAUGGCAAAGUGAAAACCAGGCAUCCGGUUGGGUUGUGGAAGCAUUUGAAACCACAAAGCUUUCCACAAACCAAAGAUGAUGUGAAGAACAUGAAAUUGUUCAUGGAAACGCUGAUCUAAUGGAAUUUUAAAUAUCAGUGGUUCGCAGAGAUCAAGAGUUAAAAGAGAGAGCUCGUGGAUUUUCUGUGCCCUUUCAUAUGGGUACUUCACAUUUAGAAAGCAUUGGCGUGUGCCACUUGGUUCCGGAACUUUCGGAGAUAUACGGUUUCUCCCUCCUUGGUAUGGUUAUUAUUCAAGCUCUAUUUAAGCAUAGACUUGUUUAUUUGUACUCCAAUAUUUUACGGGCCCCCGGCCUUCAUAUUUGAGAAUCUCACAAUUAGGCACGAUUCGUUUUAAAUAACACAGGUUAAGCGAGAGAAAACAAGUUAAACACUUGGUUUCUCCGAAACCUUCUUUGGCUAUGGUUUUUAAUUAUGCUUCAGAUAAGCUUAGCCUUACUUAUUUAUACCCAAAUAUAUUUCGCACCCCGGCAUUCGUAUGUGAGAAUCUCACUAAUUAGGCACGAUUCGCUUUAAAUAAAGUGGGUGAAGUGUGUAAACAAGUUAAAACACUCGGUUUUUCCAUCAUU